AUGGUGUCUGAUCUUGAUCACUUGUAUUAUGUUCAUGCAGAAGGUAAUGAACAGAAAAAGAAACGAAUGAAGGCUGAUUCAGAUAUCUCAAGGCCUACUCCAUCAGUGCGAAACGACCUAGAUGCUCUUGCUAGUCUGAAGGGUGAACAAGUGCGAUUUGUUGUAGUGGUAGCAGCUAGGGUCACACAAGAAAAUGCUGAGUAUGAUGAGUGGUUCGUUGUUAAAGUUAUUCAUUUUGAUAGGGAAACUAGAGAAUUUGAAGUACUUGAUGAGGAGCCUGGUGAUGAUGAAGAGGGUGGCGGCCAGAGAAUGUACAAGCUGCCUUGGUCACAUAUUAUACCUUUCCCAAAGCGGAAUGAUCCCUCUGGUGCUCGAGAUUUCCCUACUGGGAAACAAGUUUUGGCUGUGUAUCCGUCAGCAACUGCAUUGUAUAAAGCAACUGUAGUUCAACCUCGCAAGAGGAGGGCUGAUGAUUAUGUCUUGGAAUUUGAUGACGAUGAGGAGAAAGAUGGAUCUUUGCUACAAAGGAUUGUACCCUUCCACAGGGUCGUAGGUCUCCCAGAAGGGCAUUGCCAGUGAGAAUAUAUAUAUACAUAUAUGUUGUUCAUAUGUAUGUGUAAGUUUGAAUUUGUUCCACUGUAUUGUGCGCCGGACAAUUUAGGUGCCCUAUGCAUUUAUUGGUGUACUUUCAAGGAUACUUUCAUAUGUAUGUGUAGCACUCGAAAAGUUGCUAGCUUAUUGGAUAUCCCCGAAGGGACAAAAAUUACUAGCAUAUCAAUUGCUAUGAAUAUUGUACAAAAAAUAAUUCCCGGGAAAAUAUUUUAAAAUAAGAACAAAUAUAAAUGUGUUCCUUUC